UCGUCGGCCAGAAUCACGGGCUUGAAUCUCCAGGAUGGACUUGGGAACGCUUCGCUCACUCCGUUUUGGGUUGGAGCGAUGCGUAUGAGACCGAAUUCCAGCCUAUAUCACUCUGGGAGCGUGGCAGCAAUAAGAUGAAAUGGAUCAAGAAAUCGGAAGCAUAGAAGCAGGACCCGGCUUUUAGAAGACUUAUGGAAGUCACGCCGCUGGGGUGGUUUUUCAAGAUCUUUCUACCUGUACUGGCCCUUGUCGUUCUUCCUCCUGGAAGUGGGGGCGUUGUUGCGUAUUGGACCCCACCACGAGGAGUUGGAUGCCGAAGCCUAAGUUUCCUGCUCUAUGCUCUCUGCCAAACUGUGAUCACUGGCAUUGCUGUGAUGCGCUGCGCCAAUGAAGACAAUGAGUGGCAGCCUUCCUUACAGGAAUGGUCUUCUGGGUGGCGUUUCAAAGCUCUCUCGGCUCCUUUCUGGCUCCUCUCUCUGUUAUCCGCUAUUGGAGGCACCUUUUUGCAGAUAGUGGGAGUGUUCAGGAACUGCUUUUGCAAAACAACGAUGGAUCACUGGUUGAAAGGUCUCGCUAAGAGGAAUCCUCGUAUCAAUUUGGCAACUGAUACUGAUGAUGCGAGGACCUCGAGUAAUGCUUGGAUAGUGAUGGGAGCUCUCGCAACUGUUUUCAUAGCCGUCACCUGUUAUGGUGGUUGGUGGUAUCAAAGGAUGAUUAGACACAAAUUUAUUGAGGCCGUGAAGGGGAUGUGGAUCCUUGGUAGCUUUUUGACUACCCCAGGAAGUGGCCGGGGUCCUUCUGGCGGAGCAGUUACGGGGUCUGAUGAACGUGAUUCGAUAAUGGACCCGCUGCUCCCUGGAGAGGCUUCUCCAAUGUGGUGGGAAGACGGUUUCUCGCCAUUUGAGUCAAGACAAUUCGAACUCGGAAGACAUUCUUUUAUCCGAGGCUCGUCUCCUGAACCUUCGGGAAUGACUACGUCAAUCCACACACCGUCGAUCACGGUCUCGUAUGACGAGGGAGGGGAGGAUAUUGGAUUAUUGCCUUUCGAUCAUAGCGCAAACUCGAGACGACCCAGACCGAGAACCAAUAGUUAGGCCUCGAUAAUUUCAAAUGGAAAGUCCUUUCUUCAACUCGAUGUCCAAGACUGCGAGAAAAUUGAGAGUUUCUCUUGAUUAACGGGGGACCGCUGCCUUUCACAGCGAAAGGCCAGAAUACUAAAGUCUUCACAAAACUCUACAUGUAUGGUUUUGAGACUUUGCGGAAGCUCGCCUUUUAGAAAGUACAGGACGGGUUCCGUGAUUGCAUUGUCGCAAUGCUUAGUCGUGAGGUGUUCCAAUGCAGGUGGAAAUACCGACACAAAGUUGCGGAAUUGGUCCUCUGUGUAUUCUUGCGGAAGGUGGACCCUAAAGAGAGCUGUCUGAAAGUUAAUAUGUGGCUUGGAAAUUACACUGUAAUAAAGCAAUGGAGACCAGUUACCGAGUAAUUUAACAAAAAAUCUUUUUCCCUACGUAAAUCUAAG